AUGUCUCGCUAUGCGGAGGUCCACAAACAACCGGCGGGUCCAGGAGACGCCCGGCCGACUGCCUUGCAAGUAAUCGAAGAUGAAGGUUUAGAAGGAAACAUGAAAGACAAGGUUUUUCUAAUCACUGGCUGUUCGUCAGGAAUCGGCAUCGAGACCGCCCGCGCGAUCGCGGCAACCGGCGCCCGGGUUUUCCUAGCCGUGAGAGAUCUUACCCGGGGACGAACAGCCUGCGAAUCUUUCCUUGAGCCGGGUCGCGUCGAGCUCCUACAGCUGGACACGAGCUCACUCUCCUCCGUGAAAGCCGCUGCCUCGAACUUCUUGGAGAAAUCUCAAACCCUCAACGUGCUUAUCUGCAACGCAGGCAUCAUGAUGAUACCCACAUACGAGGAGUCUGCGGAUGGGUUUGAAAUCCAACUCGCGACCAACUAUCUGGGCCACUUCUUGCUCUUCUGGCUCCUGAAGGAGGCCAUGCUCAAGGCCUCCACUCCUGACUUCAACUCGCGUCUCGUCAAUGUAUCGAGCAGCGGCCACCACGCGUCGGAAGUACAGUUUGAGGAUAUUAAUUUUCACCGAGGGGGAGCGUAUGCGCCUAGCAAAGCCUAUGGCCAGAGCAAGCUUGCGCAGAUUUAUAUGGCCAACUAUGUCGACCGGCAUUAUGGGCCUGCUGGCCUUCACGCGCUGAGCUUGAUGCCUGGGGGGAUUUUUACGAACUUGCAAAAGCAUGUGCCGCAAGAGAUCAAGGAUGGUUGGACAUCAAACCCUGAGAUCAUGAUGGUUUUAAAGAGUCACGAGCAGGGCGCAGCAACAACGGUGGUGGCGGCAGUGGCAAAGGAGUGGGAAGGCCGGGGUGGAAAGUACUUGGAGGAUUGCGAGGCCUCCAGUCCGGAGGCCCUAGUGCAAGGCUUUCGGGGAUUCAAGGAGUACGCCUUUGAUGAGGGCAAGGAGGAACGGCUGUGGGAACUUACGCUUGACAUGCUCGGACUUGCAGAAGCAUAAUUCAGGGUGUGAAGUCGGGGAUUGACCAGCUAGCUCGAUAGUAAAUGCGUCUUGGUAUAGGCAAUUUCAAAUGAUGUGAAUGAAUUGGCAUAACAACAUUGGAA